AUGCGUUUCAGUGAGCCGUCAUCGCCACAGAGCCAGUUGAAAAAUGGAAGUGUUGUGAGCGUACGGCACCACCAGCGAAGACAAACGUUUCCGUUUCGCAAGUCGCGUCGUUCAAAGCCACGGAGAUGGCCCCUCGUCCUCCGCUUUAUAAAAGGCGCUAUACAUACUAAAAUCCUCAUUCCCGUCAUCCUGCACGGCAUCUUCACCGCUCUAGUCGUCUAUCUGGAUAGAAACGUUUACGACAGCCUGGGCCUGCCUCCAACAAUCAUUCCCUCCAUCUCCAUAGUCGUUGGCCUCAUCCUUGUCUUCCGCAACCAAACUUCCUACAACCGCUUCUGGGAUGGUCGCAAUAACCUAUCCGUCAUCAACACUUCCGUGCGCAACCUGACCCGCACGAUUCUCACGCACGCCUAUAACAGGACAUCGGGGCCUCUCACCCUCGCUGAGAAAAACGAUGUGGAGCGCACCAUCCGUGUCCUCAUGGCGAUCCCUUACGCCGUGAAGAAUUAUCUGCGUGCCGAAUGGGGCGCGGCCUGGGCGCUAAAUCGGAACGCUGCUGAUGGCAUUGAUGGUGGCGGCGGGGGUACAAGUCUCAGCAAUGCGGCGGAGAGUACUAUGUUCCUGCGCCACCCGGACAGGAAUGGUAGUGUAAAUGUCAACGGUGCAGGUGUUCAUGGCAACGACGACGACGACGACGACGAUGACUUGGAUAGCGAGCAAGUGGUGAACCCAGAAUACGACAGCCUGCUGCCCGCAGGCCUGCAGGCGUACGAGCACGAAGGCCUGGGCCUGCCUCUCCAGCUAACCUUCUUCGUCGACGGCUUCAUAAAGCGCGGCCAGGAUCGUGGCUGGUUCACGGCGCCGGGCGCCAGCAACCUGCAAACCCAACUUAACGCGCUGACUGAUGCGUACGGGCGCAUGGAGACCAUCAAGCUCACGCCGAUCCCCAUUGCGCACCUCAUCCAUCAGAAACAGGUGUUGGCGCUCUUCGGCGCCGUGCUGCCGUUUGCCAUGGUUGAUGAGAUGGGCUGGUGGGCUGUGCCUAUUGUCUCGCUGGUUACUUUCACGCUGUAUGGUAUUGAGGGGAUUGGAUCGCAGUUGGAAGAUCCGUUUGGAUACGAUCGGAAUGAUAUUAAGAUGGAUGCUAUUGUGGAGGAUGAGAGGGUGGAGAUUGAGGCGAUUCUGAAUGAGUGGAAAAAGGUUACAGUUGUGAGGGGGGAGGACGGGCUGGUAGGUGUUGGUGGUGGUGGUGGCGAUGCUGGAGGAUGGAAUGAUGUAUAUGCGGUGACGUCACAUGUAUGA